AAAAAAAAAGAUUUCUAGUAGGUGUGAGGCGAUAUCGUAACUUUCUGCAAAAAUGGAGGAAAAUACAGAGGCUCCGGUCGAAACUACCGAAGAACCGGAUUCUGAAAUGAGACGCGGUACACCGAGCGAAAUUGCCAUCACCUUCGCAUCGGAGGAAACAACCCAGGCUAUAGAGGGCGAGGCGUCGAAGGUUGACGGAGAACAGACCAUGGAAGUGGAUGUCGACGAGGAUGAACUGGACGAUGAGGCUCGCGCCAGACUCGAGAAGAAGAAAAGGGAGAAGAAGCGCGAAAUGAAGCGUCAGGCGAAUCUCGUCUUGAAGAGCCACUUCCAAGAGAUGGCUGACGAAAAUGCCCAGCCGGUUGAGAAAUCUGCGCCGCCACGAAGCUCGACCGAGCUGGAUGCAAUGGGAGAGUCCAAAAGCUCAGUGGAUGGCGAAGGCGGUGCAGGGGAGGGCGACGACGUUGACGAUGCUGACGAUGCGACUGAUGCUACUGAUGCUGCUGAUGUGGCUGAUGUGGCUGACGUAGGCGACUCUGAUGCUGUGGUCGAAAUUGAUGAUGACGAGAAGGAGGAAAAGUCGCCGGUGGAGUCGUCUUCAGACGAAGAUGAUUACUCGCGUCGAGCCUGUCCGGCGUCCUUUAAGGGGGAUUUCUUUCAAAACUUUUACUUUCCCAGUCUGUCGGAUAUAACGACCGAUUCCGAGGCAGAAGAAGCUGAAGAAGCUGCUCAAGCCCCUGCGGAAGUAAAAGAGCCAGAGAAGGAAAGCCCAACUGUGACGGACACAGGCAAAACCGUGGAUCCCUUGGGCGGGGAACCACGUCCGUCUGAGAAGGAGGAGGAACCUGCGGCCGAAGAGCAGCAGGCGCAGCCUCAGUCUGAGGAGGAGAGCGAAGAGUCCUCCUCGUCAAGCAUCUCGUUCGAUUGGCCCUUUCCCCUAGAGGACGAAGCGCCGCCCCCUCCGGUCAUAGACGCUACGGACUACGCCAUGGAAAUGCUCAUCGAAAUGGAUACAACACUGAAAGUGGUUCCAGCCGCAUCGGACACCGAGCUGGAGCACCUGCGCAUCGAGCGCGCCAAUCGACAAGUCUGCGCCGAGGUGCUGUUUCGGCUCAUCGACGAUGCCGUCGAGGCGGCCGAGUAUGUCGAUCCCUUGAAGAUCCUCAAGAACAAGCUCGACAAGCACAAGCUGCUCGCAGAGAUACACCGCUUGCUGUCCGAGUGCAUGGGCGCCAAGCAAUACAACAGCGACAUAACCAACAAAAUGUUCGAUUACUAUCGACGCGUCGGCCAGCUGAGGUGCUUUGAUCCCCUGCCCGCCUCGCAGGAGCGAAAGGAGUACUUGCGACACAGAGAGGCUCUGACUGUACUGGACCACCUGAAGAAGAAGGCAGCCGACACGAAGAGAAAGUACGUUGUGCACAUGGCCAGCGUCACAAUGGAUCUCAACUAUGUGCGCAAGAUCGCGCUGACCUCCGUCGACUCGCUGGAGAACUGCGUGCGUACGACUCUCCUGCGCAAGGACUUCGAGGUGAUGCCCCGCAUCGUCGAGUACGAGCUGCGACGCAUGCAAAACCUACGCAACGAGGUCAGCGACAGCCGACUCUGGCUGAUCACCAGGCAGCAUACACUGGGCAGGCUUAUCGAGCGCAAACGUCAAUUCGAUCAGAUCACGCCAGAGUUGACCAUGGAUCAGUUCUUGAAUGCUCAACGUGAUGUCACAGCGUUGGGCACAAAAGUUGAAGAACGGAAUUACGAGUUGAAUCGAAUGCGCGAUCGCUGCACCAAGCACGUGCAUCAGCUGGCCUUCAUUCGUGAGAAGACGAGCAUGAUUUCAGCCACGCUAUUGAAUCACAGGGAAGAUCUGGACGAAAAGUUGGAGAGGCAGAGUGAGCUGCGCGACCAGUUGCUCGCGCUGAAGAUCGAGCACUCGCGCCUCAAGGAUCAGAAGGCGCAGCUGCAGGAGAAGAGCGGACUGCUCUAUAGGACUGCACUGCUACACGAUUUCGACAAGACCGUCGAGCACGUAGACGAGAAGCGAAUUUAUGUCUCGAAACUACGCGAUAUGGUACGAGACUUGGAGUCGAACAUCGCCAUAUUCGAGGACGAGGGUCAUCGAUCCUCCUACCUAUUGUCGUCCAUGAAGAAAAUCAAAAAAAACGAAUUGAAGAGAAAACUCUAA